AUGCAAUGGGAUAUUACCACAUCCAGAACAAUCAAAGACGAUGGGACGUUUCGUGAACGUCAUGUUUUAUCCAGAUUUUUGACAACAUCUUCGGAUAUUAUACGUAAUUGGUCAAUAGAUCGUGAUACAUCAUUAACAAAUGCAAAGCAUUUCGCUACAGAACCCACAAUCAGUUUAGCGUUAUGGACUUCAUCAUAUCAAUGGGCCAAAUCAAACAAAAAUGUUAUUUGUUUAAACAAUGAAUCUUCUAAAGUUUAUUAUAUGCCAGCUCGUGAUUUAGAUUCAAUUCCUCAAAAAGAUUUGAAUAGAUACAAGACACAAAAAUUUACCACCUUCAAUCAAUUGAAAAAAUCAUUUGAUAUUUGGUGUCUGGAAGUAGAAAAUGAUUCAAAUUGGAGAAAAUCAAAAUGUAACUGCCCGGCAUUUCUCAAGAACUUUAUAUGUAAACAUGUUGUUGGGAUGGGGAUACGAUUAAAGCAUUGCAAACCACCAGCUGCAGCAAAAACAGUUCCCAUCGGCGAAAAGCGAAAACGUGGUCGUCCAUAUAAAGCUAAAACUGCUCUCUUAGUGCAAUAA